AUGGCCAUUCAAAGCUACUUGUUGUUGAGCCUCCUGCUGGUUUUUGGCUCUUGUUUUAAUAGCCUAGCUGCUACCCAAGGUGACACAGCUUCAUUGAAUCGCAAGAGCUUUCCUCAAGAUUUUGUUUUUGGGGUAGCAUCAUCGGCAUACCAGUACGAGGGCGCAGCAUUUGAAGAUGGAAAGGGACCAAGUAUAUGGGAUGAGUACACGCAUAAAUUUCCAAGCAAGAUAUCAAAUGGCAGCAAUGGAGAUGUCGCCCUAGAUUCAUAUCAUCGGUACAAGGAGGAUGUUCAGAUUAUAAAAAAAAUGGGCUUUGAUUUCUACAGAUUCUCAAUCUCUUGGCCUAGAAUAUUGCCAAAAGGAAAAAAGUGCGGGGGUGUGAAUCAGAAAGGAAUUGAUUACUACAACAAUCUCAUCAAUGAACUCCUGGCCAAUGGCAUACAACCAUUUGUCACCCUUUUCCACUGGGAUCUUCCACAGGCGUUAGAAGACGAGUAUGGAGGAUUUUUAAGUGAUAGAAUUGUGAAUGAUUAUCAAGACUAUGCGAAAAUUUGUUUCGAAAAUUUUGGAGAUCGAGUUAAACAUUGGAUCACAUUGAAUGAGCCAACCAUGUUUACCAUGCAAGGCUAUAUUGCGGGCAUGUUCCCACCAGGUAGGUGUUCUGCUUGGAUUGGAAAAAACUGCACUGGUGGAGAUUCAGGAGCAGAACCAUACAUGGUGUCGCACAACCAAAUCCUUGCUCAUGCUGCUGCUGUGAAACUGUACAGGACAAGGUUUCAGGCAAAACAAAAGGGCAAGAUAGGGAUUACAUUACAAACAAAUUGGUUUGUGCCAUUGUCUAAUGCUAAAGAAGACCUUGAGGCUGUCAGCCGAGCCCUCGAUUUCAAUCUUGGAUGGUUUAUGAGUCCAUUAACCAGUGGCGAAUAUCCAAGUUCAAUGAGAUCUCUUGUAGGAGAAAGAUUGCCCAAAUUCUCCAAGAAACAAGCAGGAUCUAUAAAAGGAUCAUUUGAUUUUAUUGGAUUGAAUUAUUAUUCUGCCAAUUAUGUGGCCCAUAAAUCUCAAUCUAAUGAUACACACCCAAGCUAUGAGACAGAUUCCCAUGUUGCUUCCUUCUUUGAACGUGAUGGAAUUCCCAUCGGUCCAAAGGCAGGCUCAUUUUGGCUCCUUGUUUACCCAAGUGGACUUCAUGAUCUUUUGGUUUACAUAAAGAAGGCAUACAACGAUCCAGUUAUUUACAUCACCGAGAAUGGUGUUGACGAGACAGAUAACCCAAGAUUGCCCCUAAAGGAAGCCCUCAUUGACAACCAAAGGAUAGAUUAUUUCCAUCAGCAUCUUUCUUUUGUGCAAAAAGCCAUCAAGGAUGGUGUGAAGGUGAAAGGAUAUUUUGCUUGGUCGUUAAUGGAUGGCUUCGAGUGGGUAGUAGGAUACACAUCACGUUUUGGUCUGAAUUAUAUCGAUCAUAAAGAUGGACUCAAAAGACAUCCUAAGCUCUCAGCCCAAUGGUUCACGAAAUUUCUCAAGAAAUAGGCACAUGCAUGCAUGCCCUCAAUUGAA